AUGACUUUUAAUAUGGAGUACCGGCAGUUACGCAGCUUUACCAUCGCCAAGUUAUACUACAAAAUCAACGAAUAUUCAACUGCGGAGCAAUAUCUAUGCUCCUACCUCAGCGUAAAAGAGGAUAAUGAUCAGGCGCAUAAAUUACUUGGACAGUGCUAUCAACGCCUUAAGAAACCAGAUAAGGCACUACAGUCAUUUCAGCGUUCCUUACAAUUGAAUUCCAAACAACCUGAUGUUUUGACUGAUGUCUGCCAAUUAUUAUUGGAAGAUGUGAACUUAAAUGUGAAUAAAGCGAAAUACUGGUGUGAGCUUGCUGAGUCGGAAAAAGUGCAGCACGAUGCAGUUUUCUCGCUUCGUUUGAAGCUGAUGAAUAAGGAAAAUCUUGAAAACAAUCAAGUGGAGGAUUUAAUACAAAAAGAAAUAAGCGCACGACCAAAUGAUGUGCAAUUGCGCGUACGGCUCAUGCGUAAUUACAUUGAAGAAAAUAAGGUGCUUGACGCCUUCAAGUAUGUUUACAAUCUUGAAAUGAGCUUGCAAGGUAAUUUCGCCAGCAACAGCGAAUGGUACAACAUUGUUUGGCUAGUCUUAAGCAAGUAUGAACAGAUGCCAAAUUCGAAAAAAGAUUGGGAAUUCUGGCUGUUGUUGAUCAUCUGUUUGGAACGGCAAGUGAACAUUAGUUUCUCCUUAACAUCGGGCACUGCAACCGGCGGCAUAACUGAGACUGCGAAUUUGCUCUUCAAUCUUGAUCAGUAUUUAUUUAAAGCGACACAAUUGUCAGACAAAUUAUGUGCACAGCGCGAGCUGGUUAAUCUGUUUUUGGAUCACUAUCGCGGACAGAUGUUGAUACAUGCUGCAGCUUUAAUUUUCAAACGUGAACUUUUACAAAACAAAAAUAAGUGGAAAGAAACUGUGAAGUCGGUGCUGCCAUUAUUACUUCUGGCAUUUCAAACAGACGUGCCCGAUAAUAGAGAGCCUUGGAUGAAGCACUCGGACGAACAAGGCAAGCAGUUGAUACAACUGUGGAGUCGUGAGGGAUCGUUUCGGUGUGCGCAGGCGGGUCGUACUUUGUUAUCGUGUAUAGCUGAUGAGUCGGCAACCAAUAAAGAGAACGCCACAAAUCAAAUUAACAACUUGCUUGGAAAUAAUCCUCCGCUAUGGACCAGUACCGACGAGCUGCUCUCGCAAAUUCGACAAACUUGUUCGGAUAAACAAUGGCGUCGCAAUGUAUUUGCUUUACUCUAUUGCAAUAGCGAUCAAAAAGUGAAAGAGCUAAGCUCGUUGCUAAUCAAGAGUCCAAAACUAAACGAGCCCGUAUUUGAGUUGCCUACCUAUGCUGAUGUUGAGCACCAUGAGGAGGCAGCUCAAUACUUAAAACCACAGUCUUUGCAACAUAUGGUUUACCUUUGCCUUGGCAAUGACAAUCUAGGCUUUGUGCGUGCCAAAUAUUUUAGUGGUUUGAACUUUUCAACCCAAAAUUUGGCAUUUUGCGGCGCUGAAUCCCUGAAUCAGCUGGAUAUGGAUACGUUUCUAUAUGCGGCAACUAUUCAGGCCAAACGAGCACUACAAGUGGAACGCGAGGCCUUUGACAAUUACAACUCUGGCAAUCGCAGCGCCUCUGGUCGUCCGCGUAUAUUGCCAUAUGCUAACCUGCAAGGACACUUAUGUACAGACGAGCAAGCCAAUUGGUGGCAGGCUGCCUAUCAGGUUUAUAAGAACCUAAGCAGUGAUAAUUUGGCAGAAUUGCGCGCUAAUCUUCAAUUUGGUAUUGAAGCAGUACGUGGUGUCAAUGGCCCGAAAAUCGAUAUGAUCAUUGUAUUCAAAUUGGGACAGAUAUUUGUAGCACGCGCACAGGAUAUCGUAAAGCCUGUAGAGAAGGCGUUUUUGGAAGCGCGGGCAGAGAACAUAUACAAGUAUGGCCUGAAUAUGGUAAAAAUGAACAACAAAGGUGUACUAGAACCAUUUCGUAAAUACUUCAAAUAUGCUAAAGCCAACACAUCUGUUGUUGAGCGUGAAGUUUUAAACGCGGCUGAAGAUGCUGUUUCGUACUUGGCUUCGCGGUACUUCAAGAAAGCUGAAUAUGAGGACUUGAUCGACGAGUUGGCGGGCAUUCAAUUACCAUUUGCCACUUAUUUGCAAGCAGAAGCUUAUCGUAAAUUAGACGAAGCCAAUAAGACGCCGAAGAAGGCUAAACGCAUGUACUUGGACCGCGCUAGCGAAUGUCUAAAUCAAACGUUGAAUCUGUUAAAGAAUACUGAAACAAAUCCUGAUCAUCCUUUAAAUUCCAUAAUACACACCGAAUUAAAACGUCUCCAGCAAGCCACAAUGAAGUUCAUCAAUGAAGGUAGCCCUGCUACUGGACACAAUAAUUCCAGCACAUACGAGGACGCCGAAGCUGACUUCUACCACGAGGUAUCACUUUCAGGUACUCCAGCAAUGAAUCGCUCACGUCGUGAAACAAAUGCUUCUGCAUUGAUAGCAAUGCCACGCAACACCGAAUUGGAGAAUUUGGUAAAGCAAAUGGCAAACACUCUAAGCUUUGUUAAAGAGGAACUGGUUGAUACAAUCAAACCAGAAAUGCUUUCAAUGCGCAAGGAAAUUACUUCACUGAAGGAUAAAAUCACUAGCCUUGAAGACGCCAUGAAACGUACACGUAUUUCGUCGAAUCCACCUUCACGAGACGAUGCUUCCCAUGUGCUGGAUGAUCUUUACAUGAUCGAAGAUGCAUUGCAAAAUCAAUUGUAUCAGCCCCCAGCCCAACCGCCGCAUAUGAGUGUGACCGGCAGCAUGUUUCCCAGUGUUGCCAAUGGCCCCAAUGCUCCACCACCAUCUGGUGGCGUACACAGUCCGUUUGUAGCAACACAACAAACCCAGCAACAAGCCGCGCAGCAAAGAAACUCGAUGCACUUGCAGCCAAACGCCAUGGCAGCAGCGGCCGCAUACAAUAGCCCAAUGUUCAAUCCUAAUUAUCCAAUGAAUUAUUAUCCACCGUCAUACAUGUUGCCGCAACCACCUCCGCCACCUGGAUCGGCAGGAGGUAUACUGGGUCCACGCAAUGCUCUACCGAUGCAGUACAUGGAUGCCAGCUUAAACUUCAGUAUGGCUCCAUCUACCCCAUUGCUGCAGGCUCCACCACAAGAGGGCCGUCCAAGCAAUCUAUACGGCUUACUGACACAACCACAACAACCACCAACUGUACCCCCGCCGUUGCCACAAUUAUCCGUGCCAAUGUCCAUUGCAUCCCUGGUGCCACCCAUCACUAGUCAUGCGCCAUUAAACCAACAAAUGGUUGGUACUUUGGCCCCAGCAGUUUCUUCUCAACCAGCAACAACUACUGCUCCAAUUCAAUUCAACAAGGCGCUCAACAACCAGCCAGUUGAAAGGGGACCACCAGCUAAUGUGGUAAUAACAAGUUCAGAUCCCUUACCAAAUCUCAAUAGGCCAGCCCUAUUGGCGCAACAACCAACUUUGAGUGUUACAAUACCACCACACCAUAUCAAGCCUAGCCUCGUUGCAUCGACGGAAACAAGUGCACAGCAGCCGCCAAUACAACCGAUCGCCUCUUUAGCUGCUAAUACCACCACCACAAAUGGCAUUGUUAGUGGUGGGUUUACGGGCUUUGGUUUCGGUAGCGCCAGCUCAGCCGCACCGGGUCCGUUCAGUAUUACUUUCAGUAAUAGUUUUGCAACCUCAGCCUCGUCUGCAACAUCAAUCUUUAGCGGAAGUAGUACCACUAGCGUAAGCUCUUCAAUGCCAACCACCUCGAUUAGUACUACGACUUUCAGCUUUAAACCGCAAAUCGAGCAAGCUCAAGCCCAAGCAGCCGCUGCAGCAAUCGAAAGCAGCUCCAGCGAUAUUAUCGCGGUACUAAAUAAGACAAGCGAUAGUCUCUCGAGUGAACCAAAUAAGAGCGGCACAGAAGCUGACGUCGAAUACGACCCCAGACCCGAUUUUAAACCAAUAAUACCGUUGCCAGCCGAAAUCGAAGUACGAACCGGCGAAGAGGACGAAGAUGUGAUGUUCUGUUGUCGCGCAAAACUCUUUCGGUUUGUUGAUAAAGAUUGGAAAGAACGUGGUAUUGGCGAUAUUAAAAUCCUCAAGAGCAAGGAGGGCUUUUCGAGAAUACUUAUGCGUCGCGACCAAACUCACAAAAUAUGCGCUAACCACAAAAUCACAAAAGAAUUGAUACUAACAACACCUACGAAUGAAAAAAAGGGCCAUAUUUGGGUAGCUAAUGACUUUGCUGAUGAGGAGUUGAAGACUGAACGUUUCUUUGUUCGUUUCAAGCUGCCCGAAUCGGCUCAGCAAUUCUACGAUGCUUUCAAGAAGGCACAGAAGGAGGCAGAGGAAUUGGAUCGCAAGAAGGAGGCAUCUGUGGCGAAAGAAAAAAGCAUUGAGGAAAAGUCGGUUGCUAAGCAACCGCAACAACCGCCAUUUGGGUUAGCUAAGAGCGCUGUGUCUAAUUUUGCCACUAGUACACCUGCUACAAAAACCGUUGCUGAUAAGUUACCAGUGGCCACAGAGACGUCAACGUUUCCAACAGUCGCUGCCACGAACUCUACACCAAGCGGCGGCGUUUCAAAGACAUUGUUCGGCGGAUUUGGUGUAACGUCUACGAGUGCUUCUUCUGCAACCGAUAGCAACAAGGUGGAAUUGCCAAAAUCUACAGCAUCGCCAUUCGCCAACUUCACCUUCGACAAAAUUGGCGCUGCCUCCAACACGGUUAGCACAGCUUCUGCUACUGCUACUACAACGAACACCAGCAAUGCUUCGCCUUUCGCCAAUAUUUUCAGCACUUUGGGCAAGCCAGGCUCCGCCACUUCAACACCAUUCAGCGUGGGGAAUUUACCAACUUUUCAGACAAUCAUUGCCACCAGCGCAGCAACGCCAACAUCAAUACUACCUACCACAACAAGUGACGCUACGCCUACAACUGCAUUGAAUAAAUCGAGCACUUCUGACGCGGAGGAUGAAUAUGUACCCACAGCCACGUUCAACCCCGUUAUACCAUUACCUGAUUUGGUGGAAGUCUCUACUGGCGAGGAGAAUGAGCUUGUGUUAUUUGAACAUCGCGCCAAGCUAUUGCGCUUCGACAAGGAGGCAGGCGAGUGGAAAGACCGCGGCAUUGGCAACAUAAAAUUGUUGCAGGAUAAGGACGAUGUGAACAAAGUGCGUUUGGUGAUGCGGCGCGAACAGAUCCAUAAGCUAUGCUGCAAUCAGCGUAUAUAUAAAGAUACCCUAUUCAAAUAUGCGAAGAAUUCCAAAACUGCGCUAACGUGGGCUGGCCAGGACUUCUCGGAGAAUGAAUUAGUCACUGAAAUGCUUACGGUGCGCUUUAAGUUACCGGAAACUUGCAAAGAGUUCCAGGAGACUGUGCUCAAGGCACAAUCAAACAUGAGUAGUGAGGCUGAUGAGGUUAAUGUAAGGACCGCAGCUGCCGAAAAACAGCAAAUGGAAAAACAGAAUGAAAAGUCCGCCGGCAAGGAAGUUGCACCAGCAAAAGGUUUUGGUGAUGCUUUCAAACCAAAGGCUGGAUCGUGGAAUUGUUCUGCUUGCUACAUAUCUAACACUGGUGAUAAACAAUAUUGCAUUGCCUGUGAUUCCCCAAAGGAUGAUAGUGUGCCUAAAAAGGAUACCACAAAUGUGUUUCUAACGAACCCUCCAAAGGCAUCAUUUGUUUUUGGUUUCUCACCAGUUGCGACCGGUGGCGUCACUGCACCUGCACAGGCAGCGGAAAGUAGUUUCACUUUUGGAAAACCUGCAGCAACCUCGAGUAUCCUUACCGCGGUCACAACAAAGACGGAUUCCGCUCCAAGCUCCACCACGUCCACGACCACUACGGAAACAUCCACCAAAACUGGAUUUGGCGAUCAGUUCAAGCCGAAAGCUGGCUCCUGGACUUGUCAGGGCUGCUAUUUAAGCAACGCCGGUGAUGCUUUAUACUGCAAGGCAUGCGACGCGCCUAAAGAUGACACUGUUCCCAAGAAGGACUCCUCCAACGAUGUGCUGGCGCUCUCAAAUCCAACGCAAAAGUUUACUUUUGGUUUUAAUGCGGCCGCUGCUGCUACCCCAGCUGCAAGCGUUGCCGACAACAAUGCUACAGCUAAGCCAGCUUCUUCAAGUGGCUUUGUAUUUGGUUCAACGCCGUCUGAACCAUGCAAAUCCAUAUUUGGCAAUUUAACAAAUCCAAAACCUGCUGACUCGUCUAAGUCUUUUACAUUUACACCACCCACAGCAAGCAGCGCAACCGGCUCAAAUAUUCCUUCGUUAUCUAAGCCUACCUUCUCCUUCUCACUGCAAUCGAAAGCUAUGGAAGGGCCUGUAAAGCCCGCGUCCUCUGGAGCAGGUGGGGAAUCUACGACAACGUUUUCUUUAGACAAGAAAGACUUCAACUUUACUUUAAAACCGAAAUCGCCCGGAAAGUCGGGCAAGAGUCCAGCCAAGUUUGGCGGUGGUGGCGGUGAUGCAGAUGCCGCAGCGGAUGAUGAUGAAUAUCAGGAGGAGGAAAACAAUACAUACUUUACACCGGUCAUUCCACUACCAGACAAGAUCGACGUAAAGACAGGCGAAGAAGAUGAGGAAUUGCUCUAUGUGCAUCGCGCAAAGUUGUACCGGUUUUUCGAAGGCGAGUGGAAGGAGCGUGGUCUCGGCGAUGUAAAGAUAUUGCGUCACAAACAAACGAAAAAACUACGUGUUGUUAUGCGUCGUGAACAAGUCUUAAAAAUAUGCCUCAAUCACGUGUUGAAUGAAGAAGUUGAAUAUAAAUCUAAGGAUGACAAAUCUUGGCUAUUCGUUGUGAACGAUUUCAGUGAGGGCACAGUAGAAUUAGAAAAAUUCUCAUUACGCUUUAAGACAAAAGAGGUUGCGCAAGGUUUUAUGGAUGCUGUUAAGAAUGCCAUUGAUGGUACUGCUGUCGCCGUUGAGAAUGUGGGUAGCAUUUCCACAAAUACCACUUUAAAUAUGACUGAAUAUGUGGAGAACGAAAAGGAGAUUGCGAACGAAUCAGCGUCUGCUGGUUUAUCAGAUGCGGAUAAGGCAACAGCUGAUAAUUUGCUCUUACCCAAUGAAUUUUUCACCGCUCAACCGACUUGUGCCGGCUGCCGUGGAUGCGAUCCGGACAAAUUUGUCUUUCCCGUAGUGAAUGAAACAUUUGUAAAUGAAGAAGACAGCAAAAAAGCACUGAAACCUUUGGCUUUACCUUCGUUGUCAUUGCCAAAAAUCGGCAAUACAGGUAGCAUGAAUCGUUCGUUGCUAAAAGAAAGCGCUUUGUCACCAAUGGUUCCUUCUCCUGCUACACAAACCCUCACCACUAACGUGAGUGAUAGCACAGCUACUCCGAAAAUGGGUGAAUCGAAUAUUUUCUCCGGCUAUGGUGACGUGAACUCUACGCCGUUUGGUGUUGGCAAUGAGAAGACUGCGAGCGCUUUCUCUUUCACUGCUGCCAUGAAUAGUGGCAAUAAGGAUGUGGAAAAUAAAGCGGGCGCACCAAGCACUGAGUUUUUGUUUGGAAAUAAUUCUAGCUCUACCGGAUUAAGUGGAAGUUCUUUAUUUGGAAGUGGAUCAGAUAAGAAACCCGUUUUCGGACAAACACCGUCGAUAUUUGGUAAUGCCGCCAACUCCGUAUCCAAGCCCGCCGAUUCUACUACCAUAUCUGAAAGUGAUAAACCCAAAUCCAUUUUUGGUGGAAUUGGCAGCUCUAUUGGAAGUGGAUCUAUAUUCGGCGGUAAACCUGUCUUCGGUUCAGCCUCCACUUCUAUUUUCGAUGGAAAAUCUGCUUCGAAUAAUGACACAACAAAGUCGAUUUUCGGUAGUUCAGCCAUUUCUACCACAAAUUCACAGGGCAGCACAUCCAUAUUUGGUGGACCUUCAUUCGCAGGUUUUGGAAACUCGGUUAAUACUCAGAGUUCUAUAUUUGGAAAUAGCAAUAAUACGAACAACUCAAACAUCAAUAAUACUAACAAGGAUGGCUCAUUAUUCAGCGACAUUGCUAAGGAAUCAACAGCGGCCGCACCUAGUUUUGCUGAUCUCUCUAAAAAAGCUGGCGCAAUAGACUUUGCCAGCUUAGCGGCCAAGGCGAACUCGACACCUGCAAAUAAGCCUGCCCAAAAACCUGGUCCAGGGGAAUUCAUUGGCCUUACCGACCAGGAUGCAUUCUCCAGCUUUGGAAAGUCCAAUCAAAAUAUGUCAAAGGAUGGUAGCGCAAAUGACUCAGCGAAAAGUGCUGAGGAUAAUGAAAACUAUGACCCUCAUUAUGAUCCUGUAAUUGCAUUACCCGAUGAAAUUCGUGUAAGCACCGGCGAGGAAGAAGAAACUAAGUUAUUCGGCGAACGUGCGACUCUAUACCGUUACGACGCCAAUACGAAGGAGUGGAAGGAACGCGGCGUUGGCGAGUUGAAGAUUUUGCAACACACCACCAAACAAACAUAUCGCUUGGUUAUGCGGCGCGAGCAAAUACACAAAUUAGUGUUGAACCACGCCGUUGGACCAGAUUUUAGUUUUAACAACAUGAAUAAUAAUCCGAAGAGCUUUAUUUGGGCAACGCUUAACUAUGCCGAAUCGGGCGAGGGCGAGGUAGAAAAAUUGGCAGUGCGCUUCAAGAACGUCGAUCUCGCGAAUAAGUUCAAGCAAAAGUUGAAUGAAUGCAUCGAAGAAGCAAAGCAGCGCGAAGAAGUAGCGCAGGAUUAAAUGAUUACACUCCGAUAGCUUAAAAAAUAAAUAAACAAUAGGAUUAAACAAAAAAUUCUGGUAUCGGAAAAAACUUAAAAUACACACGUACAUACAUAAAUUAUCUAAGUUAUAGCAUUCCUCAUAAUUUCCAUUAUUCAUUUUAAUUGUAAUUUUAUUUGAUUUUCUUGAAAAGGUGUACCUUAUGUGUUAUUUUGAGUUUUGGAAAGAAUUCGUACGAAAUUUUUUUGUUACGCCGCAUGUGCGGCUGGACCAAAAU